UAUUACUUAGAUUAGCCAUUUGUUGCUUGUUUUUACGUUACUGUAUUUUUGCACAACUCUGUUGCUGUGAAGCUCGCACACAAGAAUUUCACUCGCAUGUACUGUACCAGUGUACCUGCACAUGUGACGUGACAAUAAAAGUGAUUUGAUUUGAUUUGAAAUUGACCCUUUUGGUACGUUACAUGUUUGUGAAGAUCAACGCUGACAACAUUUAAAUGUGAUGAUGCUGACAGACCUUGCUGACAGACCUUAGCAACUGUUGCUAUGUCGACACAAAGAUGCUGUAAUAGUUGUCAUGGUGACAUGUUAUUGUUGUUAUGACACUAUGACGUCAUCACCGCCGUGCUCUGGACCAUAUUGGACAGGACUGAUGGUGUUGUGGUCCAGAGGACACUCUGUCUCACUGUUGUCCCAGACAGUCCCUGAAGAUCCUUCAGACCAACAAACACACAACAGUCAUCAGAUGAGUGAGAACAGAGGACUCCUGGAGGCUUCUUUAAUUUGCUAUUUGUAUGAUGAUGUCAGAGGCAGCCCAAGGCAUAUAAGACUUAAGUGACUGCUUUGGGCCCCCACACCACCAGGGGGCCCCCAAGAGCACCAACAUGACAUGAGAAAAAAAUGUUUUAAUAACUAACUAAUAAAAACUAAUAUUUCACGUGAAAAAAAAACAUGUUUCUAUAUUACUUUCUGUAGUGUCAAUUGGUUUUAUUUUGAAGUGCAGCACAUUUUACACGUUUCAAAUUUUAAGAACAAAAAUGGUAAUCCUAACUUUUUUUUUACUGUAAAUUCAGUGUUUGUCUGCUGAUGUUUCUUUCAAAUAGUUGAAUUAAUGUACCACACUUAAACUAAAAAUUUGCGUUUUUUUUUUUUUGCUCCAGCAAAGCUAAAAUCAACAUCCACAAUAAUAACUUAAUGAUGUGUGAGCUAAUUACGAAAGAUGCUAACGAUGGUGGUCAUGUUACUCAAAUGGUGUAGCCUAGGAAUGGUGUUGACUUGUUGGUAUGGGGGGCCCCGAUAGAAACCCUGCUAGGGGCCCCACAGAGACUAAGGCCUGCCCUGGAUGAUGUCAUCAGUAAAUAAAUGCAUCAGGUGAACUUUGUUGUGUUCAGAUCACUUUUAAAAGAUAAUUAUUAAUAAAUGAUGGCAAAAGCAAGAAUUGAUGUCAUUCUUCUCACCAAAACCUUUCAGGCUCAUAUAAAACGCUGCUUUACAAUAGAUCAGCAUCUUCAGUCAGAACCAGGAGAACAGACUCUUAGCCCUUUAACACUAACCGUAAAAUUAGUAACACCAUCACUAACACGUGCGGUGAAAAUCGUCAUUUUUUCCCCCACACUUUAAACCCUGCGGCCAAUAUGAUGGUGUGGGUAAUCUACCACAGUUUUCCCUGGAUGGUAAUCAAGAAUGUCUUGUAUUCCUGAUUUAAUUUCCGGUGCCUGCCUCUCUGAUAUCUUGUUGGCGGAUUUCAGUUGAUUCAGUCAGGUUUCAGCAGAAAAUCCCACACCGACCUUUAGGGAAAAGCCAAAAUAUAAUUAUUAUGAAUAUUGCAUUACAAGUGGUGAAAUGAUUGGAGAUUCUUCAAAAAGACGUUUAGUUUUUCAUUUCAUUGUGACUCGUCUAUCACACGCUGUUACGACCAGCGGUUGGUACACAUGAAGGACACAUAACACAGAGGCAUGUGCAGGUUGGUGAAAUUCAAACAGUUUUUAUUAUAAAUACAGAUUUUAAAAAACAAAGCUCCAAUUCUAAAAGUUCAAUAAAUAACAGUGUUAAAAAGGCUCGUGGUUACAUGUUUAAAAUGGGGAUUCUCAAUUAAAACACAUCUCAAAAGCUCUCAAACAUACCAACACAAAGGUCCACUGACCAUACGGAGCUAAGAGGGAGCCAGCACUCGGGUCCCUCGUCUGUUUUAAAAGCCUACAAGUACUCUUGCUUUCACCUAUUAACACGUCUGGACUAAAACCCUUAAAACAGUAAUGGAGCCAACGGUGAGACGUGGCAUGGCUCCGGCCUCCUCUGUUGUGUUCUACUUGAACUAGAAGACACGGGACAACUGUGUGCCGUGAACUGGAGCUCAACCUUGUAUUCACACUCCCCUCUCCCACACACUAACACACCCCACAGUCCUGACGUGUCCACUGGCAGCAACCACACAACAUCAGCUGAGGCAAGAUAACUCAGGUAAGGGCAAAGGAAUCAAAUGCAAACGAGUCCCUGUGGCAAGUCCACCCUAUAAGACCUGAGUGAGUAAUGUUUUUGGUUCAGAAUACCUGGUGUCUUCACAUCUGUCACGCACACCCGAUCAUCACGCAACACUUCACUUAGCAGCUUUGCCCGAUGGCGUCUGUUGUAGUUCUGUGCAUUCUACGUCCUCUUGUCCUCCUCUCUUUGCACAAGCAUUGGCUGGUCAGGCAGCACAGGAUCCAACAGUGAAGAAACACUACUUGGUAUGUAUACUGUAUGUUGUGUGUGUGUGUGUGUCUGCUCUGUCUUCUCCAGGAUCCUCUGGAGGUUUCUUCCUGUUAAAAGGGAGUUUUCCUCUCCGCUGUCGCUACAUGCUUGCUUAACAUGAGGAUUGCUGUAAAGACUCUGACUCUAGUCAGUGACUCGAUGCAACCUGCUGGAGACAUCUCAAGACUGGACGGGUCGUAUCGGAGUUAAUCUAUGAAAUCCCGGUGCCGUGAGGUCCACCCGACUUCUGACAGUCCGGAUCUGCUGGGGGUCUCCGCCAGGGUUUGUAGACACAACAGAUUGCGUCUGAUGCUGUUUUAUUAAUAAUCAACUCUCUAGUCUAUAGCAGACAACAAAUUCUUUUACACCCAGAUGUCACAAUUUCUGUCAGAUACAAAGAUUCUGAUAAACAUCUAGUUUACAUCACACCACCACACAUCACAUGCCAUCACCGCAUCUCCACUCCAUCAUCACAUCUUUCUUUCUCCGUAUUUAUUUCAAACAAAGAAAACAUACAUCAUUUUUCAAAAACAGAAAAUAUAUAUAAAAUCAUCAUCCUUUUUUUUUCUUCUUCUCUGUCUGAAAAGGAGUAGGCUGAAGUCGAAACUUAUAUGUCCCUACCCCUUUUAUGCAUAUUAUUCUUUACUUAUACUUAGUAGUACUACACCAAAUGUAACACAAAACCACAUUAAAACAACAGAUAGUACAAAUCACUCAAACAACCAAACCAUAUGGGAAAAAACAAAAUGAAACACAUCUUUUUACAAUUCAUACUCAAACUUCUCUCUCUUUAGAAUAAAGGACAAACACAUAAAUCAUCUAUUUUCCUCUCUAUACUUAUUUAGGAUAUGUUUUUCAUGAUUCAUUUUAAACAGGUUUAUAUUUGUACUUACUUUAAUUUCUUCUUCUAAACUGUUCCAUAAGUUAACCCCUAUUAUUGUGAUACACAUACUUUUUAAUAUUGUUCUAACAUUAUGUAUCUUUAAAUUUAGUAUCCCUCUCGAGUUGUACUCUCCUUCUCUCUCUGUGAACAGUUUCUGUAUUUUAUCAGCUAUUAGUUUAUUUCUUACUUUAUAUACUAUUUGUGCUGUUUUGUAUUGAACCAAGUCCUGGAACUUCAUUGUCCGUGUUUUAAUAAAAAGUUCAUGUAUGUGAUCCCAAUAUCCUGCAUUAGUUAUUAAUCUGAUAGCCUUUUUCUGCAUUGUCGUUAUUGUUUGUAAAUGACUUUUGUACGUAUUUCCCCAGACCUCUACACAAUAGCUCAACCUGUUUCCUUGUAGCUGGUAGCUUGAGUUGCUGCCUGUAGCCUGUGGCUUACCCAGAUGCUGGUCGCUGGUAUUUUUUCCUUUUUAGUUGUUAGUGUUUAGUAGAUCCUGGGCUUCCGGGCCUAGUAGCCGAUGGUGUAUCCUAGAAUUGCCUGAUGGUAGCUUGGAAGCUGCUGCUGGCCUCAGGUGGACCGGUCUGGUCCGGUUCUGAUCUUUCCACCUGGACCUGGCUGCUGGGUCCAUGUUAGCUGGAUAUUUCUGUCCUCCUCUGACUCUCUCGGUGUAGUUGGGGUGAGCUCACAUUUCUGUGCUGCUGCUUUUUUUUGCUCAUUAUUCAUAUCUUGUCAUGUAUAAUCAUUAGUUUAGAAAAAAAUAAAAUUCCUUUUUAACUAUAUACCUGACUCUGUCUGAAUUAAUACAACAUGUGUUCAUGAUCCCUGAACAAGUAAAAGUAACUAGAAUCUUCUGAUUAAACAUUCAAAGAUCAAUCAGGUUUAUAUUUCAUAUUUAUAUGGAAUCAUCAGAAAUCAUCACAUCUUACUGGUCAGAAUUAAUUUGCAGUCGUCACGCUAUAAUGUGUGACCACUACAAAGGGAGCCUAAAGUCACGUCCAUCUAUUUCCAGAAGUGUCAUUUAUGUAUGAGAGCCAGGUGUGUUUUAUUCUGCUCCAGCAGGUGGCGCUAGUGCACCUUUACGCUGGUCACGGACCACCGGAAGAAGCAGAAACCGGAAGCUGCUAACAGAGCUAGCUUGUUGUUGUGGUGUGUGAGGAGAAGAUUUGAGGCUCUGCAGUAAAAACGUCUCCACUUCAGUCUCUGGGAGAGUUGAUCAGCUAAAGCGACUAACUGCUGCUGCUGCAGAAACCUUCUCACCAGGCUGUGGAAACUUUCUUCUUCUCCUCAACAACUUGGUGGAGUUCUUUCCAGAAGCAGAGAAGCUAUUCUGCGGUCUUCGUGACAAUCGGAGCUCCAGAAUCAGGUUGUGGCUGUUAGCUAAACACGGCUAAAGAAAACCUGCUACCACUUCAGGAUCAUCCAUCAGCUGGGACGGAUUCAUCGUGUGUUCUUCACCACCUGGACCUGGACAGCAUGGACACAGAUGUUCAACAGCUGGCGCUGGUUAAAGAAGAAGAUCCUGAAGAACAGAGUGCUGGUGUGGACCAGCAGGACCCAGAACACCUCCACAUAAAGGAGGAACAGGAGGAGCUCUGGACCAGUCUGGAGGGAGAGCAUCUCUGUUUGAAGGAGGAGACUGAAGCUGUCGGGUCUCCUGUUACUGCUGCUUCUAUAAAGAGUGAGGAUGAUGAAGAGAAACCUCUGGUCUCACAGCUUCAUCAGCAGCAAAUAGAAGACAGAGAUGUUCCAACCAGCAGCUCAGCUGACCAGAUGGCAGCAGAAACUGGUGGAGGAGCAGGAACUAGCAGGAACCCAGAUCUGAACCCUCAUGAACAAACAUCUGAUUCUUCAGAGACUGAAGUUAGUGGAGAUGAUGAUGAUGAUGAUGAUGAUGGUGUGAAUCUGGACUCUGAGCUGUCAGACUCUGGGUCUGAAACUGGAGAUGAAGAUGAUGGCUGGAAUGAGAGCAGGUCUUCUGAGUCAGAUGUUUCAAGGAAGAGAGAAGAGACGGAUGAGAAACCUCUGCUCUUACAUUUCCACAACCAUCAAAUGAAAGACGGAGGUGUCCCAACCAGCAGCUUGGCUGGGCAGAUGACAGCAAACGUUGGUGGAGGAGCAGAAACUAGCAAGAACCUAGAUCUGGACCUUAAAGAAAAGACAUCCGAUUCUUCAGAGAUUGAAGUUAGUCGAGAAGAUGAAGAUGAUUUGAAUCUAGAUUCUGAGCGUUCAAACUCUGGGCCUGAAACUGGAAACGGAGAUCAUGGCUGUAAUGAGAACAAGUCUUCGGAGUCAGAUAUUAGGACAGCCAACAAAUCAUUUAGCUGCUCUGUGUGUGGUAUACGGUUCCUCCACAAGUGGUCUCUUCAGGAACAUGUGAGAGUGACAAGUCAUUCAGCAGUAAGGUCUUCAGAGUGUUCGGUUAAUACAAAAUGUGUGAAAGAGAAGCAACAUGGAGGCUCAUGUAGAAAAGUCCAGAAAGAACCAAAAUCAUUUAGUUGUGAUGACUGUGGAAAAAGAUUUAGCCAAAAGUCCAAAUUAACCCGUCAAAUGAAAGCCCACACCGGGCAGAAGCCUUUUGCCUGUGAGCUCUGUGGAUACAGAUGUACCCAUAAGGCAAAUUUAAACACACACAUGAGAGUCCACACAGGAGAUAAGCCUUUUGCCUGUGAGCUCUGUGGAUACAGAUGUACCCGUAAGGCAAGUUUAAACACACACAUGAGAGUCCACACAGGAGAGAAGCCGUUUGCCUGUGAGCUGUGUGGAUACAGAUGUACCGAUAAGGCAAAUUUAAACACACACAUGAGAGUCCACACCGGGCAGAAGCCUUUUGCCUGUGAGCUCUGUGGAUACAGAUGUACCCAUAAGGCAAGUUUAAACACACACAUGAGAGUCCACACAGGAGAGAAGCCGUUUGCCUGUGAGCUCUGUGGAUACAGAUGUACCCAUAAGGCAAAUUUAAACACACACAUGAGAGUCCACACCGGGCAGAAGCCUUUUGCCUGUGAGCUCUGUGGAUACAGAUGUACCCGUAAGGCAAAUUUAAACAGACACAUGAGAGUCCACACAGGAGAUAAGCCUUUUGCCUGUGAGCUCUGUGGAUACAGAUGUACCCAUAAGGUAACUUUAAACACACACAUGAGAGUCCACACAGGAGAUAAGCCUUUUGCCUGUGAGCUCUGUGGAUACAGAUGUACCCAUAAGGCAAAUUUAAACACACACAUGAGAGUCCAUACAGGAGAGAAGCCUUUUGCCUGUGAGCUCUGUGGAUACAGAUGUACCCAAAAGGCAAGUUUAAACACACACAUGAGAGUCCAUACAGGAGAGAAGCCAUUUGCCUGUGAGCUCUGCGAAUACAGAUGUACCCGUAAGGCAAAUUUAAACACACACAUGAGAGUCCACACCGGGCAGAAGCCUUUUGCCUGUGAGCUCUGUGGAUACAGAUGUACACAUAAGGCAACUUUAAACACACACAUGAAAGUCCACACAGGAGAGAUGCCUUUGCCUGUGAGCUGUGUGGAUACAGAUGUACCCAAAAGGCAAAUUUAAACACACACAUGAGAGUCCAUACAGGAGAGAAGCCUUUUGCCUGUGAGCUCUGUGGAUACAGAUGUACCCAAAAGGCAAAUUUAAACACACACAUGAGAGUCCAUACAGGAGAGAAGCCUUUUGCCUGUGAGCUCUGUGGAUACAGAUGUACCCGUAAGGCAAGUUUAAACACACACAUGAGAGUCCACACAGGAGAGAAGCCGUUUGCCUGUGAGCUCUGUGGAUACAGAUGUACCCAUAAGGCAACUUUAAACACACACAUGAGAGUCCACACAGGAGAGAAGCCGUUUGCCUGUGAGCUCUGUGGAUACAGAUGUACCCAUAAGGCAACUUUAAACACACACAUGAGAGUCCACACAGGAGAGAAGCCUUUUGCCUGUGAGCUCUGUGGAUACAGAUGUACCCAAAAGGCAAAUUUAAACACACAUAUGAGAGUCCAUACAGGAGAGAAGCCUUUGCCUGUAAGCUGUGUGGACAAAGAUUUAGCCGAAAGACAAAUUUAAAGAGACAUACGAGCAUCCACACAAGGCUAGAGGGAUUUAUUUAACAACAGUACUUCCAAAUGUACUAUUUAGUUUUUUACAACCUUAAUAUUAGUCUUGUACCUCUGCUCAACUACCGUUGAUCGGCCCUUGAGCCACCUCUUCUUUUGAUUUUCAUUUUCAAAUCUCCUUUGUUUUUUAAACUCAGACCUUAACCAAACAUUUGAGAUGUUCAUUCAUGAAUUCUGAAUACAAAAAAAUAUUACUUAAAGAUUAAGAAAAAACUGUUAUACCCUCCUGUAUUUAAGAAACAGACAAGAUAACAGACACAUGAUGGUUGUAGUACAUAACCCACUACAGUUUAAAGCUGUUAGAUACCGGUGGCGUCUGCUUUAAACAAUUUAUCUGUAUAUAAAAUAAUAGCAUACAAUGUUGUAAUAACUGCAGCUUAAAAACAAUGUGUCUUAAUUCAUUUGGAGCCCCUAAGAAGAAAUCCCACCUUAAAGGCUGUGGAGAGACAGCUGGGACUGUUGUCAAGAAGUCAUAAAUUACAAGGCGGCUCUGGAGACUCCAUUCUCCUACAAUAGCAUUUUGCUAUUCUAAGCAGGCUUAGGAAUGUGCCUGUACCAGAGUUUUUAGGGAUGUUGUUACAGAGUUAUAAGCAGUGGACAGAUGCUGGAAAGACAGAACCACUUUUGGGCUGCAUGGUUCUCCACCGGUGUACCGAUGCUUGUAUUAACAUGGACUAGAUUGUAAUAAACCGGUUAUCUUUUUUAACUCAAACUUUGCCAUGAUUGAGUCAUAGCACUCCAAGAAACAGCUCAGCAUGAAAAUGAACCACAUUCCCUUUAUUUCUGAUGACACAACUAAUCACUGCUGGUGGACGAUUAAUCACAGACACUUAGCACUUCUGCAUGCGUUCUGUAUUCAGUGUGAACGAGGCUUCACGCCCUCUCAGUAGCGCAGCAUCGUGCGUGUUGGGUAAUUUUUAUAUUACUCCCAUAUUACCUCAAAGAAAGUUUAGAGCACACACAGAGGGAUUAGAUUGAUAAUUUGGUCAAUUGUAAUCCUGCCAACAACAAACAACAACAAAUACUUUGCAAAGGGUGAGAGAAAUCAAAUACACACCAGAGACGGAGGUCAGUUUGCUCUCACCCUUAGGCAAAGCCUUGGAGCUCCUUUUAUUUAGGAAGGCACAGCCAGAAGUUACAGAUAAACCCACACACACAAUUCUUCAGAACCAGCUGACCGGGGUAACCUAAUCAACAGAUUUUUGGACCUUCAUCUGUUCUCAGGAAGUUACAGAUAACAGGAGGGUGAUCAAAUAGGUCAUUCUUCACCACUCUAAAAUGUAAAAUAAAAUUGAUGACCCUCCGUUUAAACAAACACCUACACUGUUACAUCAAUAACCCUGUGACGUCAAAAUCAGUUAUAUCCAUCAGUGCGGUUGUCCUGUUCUGAUUUUUUUCAUGUAGUUGUGGUUUAGGCAUUUUUUUGCCAUUAUCACUGAUAAAAGCUGUGGGUUUAUUCACUUGUGAAUGAAUUAAGCGAUACAGAUCACAGUCCAAUGUUUUUGUUUUGUUUUGAUUUUUAAGUAAGGUUCAGCAAAUGCUGUCGAAUCACUGAACGCCAUCAUCUGGGAAGUGAAAUAUGAACUGUUUCCAAGUACUGCUGUAAUGGGCUUGCAUACCACUAGGCAGAAGAAAAAAUAUUUGCAUUUAGAGUCUCACUCACUGAUUGGCUCUGCCACGUCAGGCUAACGUAUGAUUGGCUGUCCCUCUAACUCGCUGCCAUGGAGACGACAGACCGGUGUUUUGCCUGUCUGCAGGAGUCUGCGUUCAUCUACCUGUAAGUUUUUAUUCAGCCUGCAUCACGUCAGCUGGAUGGAUUUUAACCUCAGAGCUUUUGUUUACAUUAAUAUUUGAGUCCGUGUGUGUGUGUGUGUGUGUGGAGCAGAGUUAGCAUGUCAGACAGAAAAGUGAACAUGAGAGACUUCUUCUGAAGUGAAACUAGAGAAACACAAGAACCACGUUAUUUCUCAUCUAGAUUCUCCGCGUCAUAACUUCUGAAUGACUGAUGGAAUUAAAACAAUUCCAAAGGUUUCAAAAAGGACAUAAAACGAGCUUUCCAACGAUGUAAUUCACGUUACUCCAAAAAUCGCUAUUAGAGGGAAACCGGCUUUGCAGCAUCACAGACAGAAACAGAGCGAACCGUGACGGGAGAGCGGAACGACCCGGAGGAGAUCAUCUGAUCAUCUGCAUCAGCUUUUAUAACGUUAUGGAAACGUCACACAGAAAAUCCACCUGGUUGGUCAGGUGUCCCAGAAGUUUCUGUAGCUGGUGACACAAUGGACAAAUUACAAUCACACUUGUUUUUAUUUGAACACUCAACUAUUUACUAAAUGAUUCAGCUUCAUUCCAGCAUUAUUUAUACUUACAGUAAAUAUUAAUUUAGCUGAAAAUAGAAAUUUAUAUCAGUGCAGAACUUUAUUAGUUAAGUUUAUGUCAUGAAAUGUUUAACUUUCACAUGUUAUUACCAUGUAUGUGGCUUAUUGAUCUUUAUAAUGCUGGUAGGAAUGUAGCUACAGUUGUGAUGAAUGUUUGUUUAUUUAAGGACCGUGUACAAUAUUAAACAUACAUAUUGAAAUUUGA